GAUUCCAUUGAGAAAAAUUUCAGUCUGGCAGAGCUUACUGAGCGCGCAGCAAAGCGUGCACCGGAGGGUCGUGUGUUUUUCUUGGGAGUUAAUACGUUGCUGUUUUCAUUUUUUUGGGGGGGGUUUUGUUUUUUAAUUAAAGAUUGAAACAUAGACAGGGACCUGACAAGUGUGGAGAUCUCCCCUGUGAGAGCGAGAGAGAGAGGACGUGUCUCCCUCCAUUGUUCCUUCAUUUUACCUGCACUGUUGAUCCCACAACAUGGACAGCUUUUACGAUCAACAGGUCCCCUUUGUGGUGCCACCCAAUAAAUGCCAUGCCAAGGAGACACCAUGCAAGCCACUAAGUGACAGGAAGAGGAAAUUCAUGGAAAACGAGCUCGCUCAGGACACUGAAGAGCUGUUUCAAGACCUGAGUCAGCUACAAGAAAUAUGGAUAGCUGAAGCUCAAGUACCUGACGAUGAACAGUUUGUUCCAGAUUUCCAGGACAACUUGAUGUUCCAUGGCCCACCUCAAACCAAAGUGAAGAGGGAAGUCAGUCCAAGCAGAGACUUCUCCCCCUGUGGGCAAGAGCAGAGACUCUCGCCAUAUGGAGAGAAAUGCCUUUACAAUUACAGUGCCUACGACAGGAAGCCAUUUGGAUUCAGUAAACCCCUGACAUCACCUCCUACCCCUGUAUCACCUUGCAGCUCCACCCAUAAUCCAGGGACACAUCCCCUGCAGAAGAGAGUCACACCACCACUCCAUACUCAGACACAGGGGCUACCAGCUGUGACUGGCCACAUUCAUCAGAGGAUACCAAGCACAGUUCCCAGACAAAGUCCUUCUUUUGCAGUUCCCCGCCCACCUGUCAGUCACCCAGAUGCCUCCUACAAUGCAGAUCACAGAUUCCACAGGCAGCUGUCAGAGCCAUGUCUGACCUUCCCACAGCCUGAUGCCCGCUCUGGGACUCCAUACUCACCACAGAGCACCAACCCCUUUUCCCGGGACAAUCGGCCACAUUACCACCGCCAAAUGUCUGAGCCGGUGAUCCCGCUUCCUCCACGGGGGUUUAAGCAAGAGAUGGUGGAUCCCCGGUACCCGGAGCAAGGUGCCUCUAACAUUUCAGGCAAUCGUGUCCCAUCGUUCCAUCAGAUGUCCAUCAAACAGGAGCCCAGAGAAUUUGGCAUUGACUCUGAGAUACCGAAUUGCCAGUCGUCCUUUGGGAAGUCAUCAAACUUCUAUCAAACCAACAAUGAAGGGUUCAUGUAUGAUGGAGAGCCUCACCUCUAUUACGAAGAUGCAUGUGUGGUGCCUGAGAGGCUUGAGGGAAAGUGCAAACAGGAAGGAGUGAGCUUCAGGGAGGGGCCUCCAUACCAGAGGAGGGGCUCGCUACAGCUCUGGCAAUUUCUGGUCACGCUAUUGGAUGAUCCAUCCAACAGCCACUUUAUUGCGUGGACUGGCCGCGGACUCGAGUUCAAACUCAUUGAGCCUGAAGAGGUGGCCAGGCGCUGGGGAAUCCAGAAGAACAGACCUGCCAUGAACUAUGACAAGCUGAGCCGAUCUCUCCGCUACUACUACGAGAAAGGCAUCAUGCAGAAGGUAAAGGUUGCAGGUGAAAGGUACGUGUACAAGUUUGUAUGUGACCCAGAAGCUCUCUUCUCCAUGGCCUUCCCCGAUAACCAGAGGCCGAGCCUAAAAGCCGACCCUGAUGGCAUGCAGGUCCCUGAGGACGACACGGUUCCUCUCUCCCACUACGACGAAGCCAGCAGAGCCUCAUAUGUAAACGGCAGGGAUCAGAGUUUGGCAGGGCUGACUUUCCCUGAAAGCUACACUUUCUGAACUGCUUUCGUCUCAGUUUGGACUCCCAAAUCCCCUCCGCCCACUGAGCAGGACCAAACAAUUCCACAUCUCCACAUACGAUUAUUUCCUCCUGACGCAUGAAGCUGAAUUACUGGCAUGUAUAAAUAUAUAACACACAUGCUUGCAUCUUUUUAAAAAAAAAAAACUUUUCUUUUUCUACAUAAUUUUCCCGUCCUUCCAUAUUCGUCAUCUGAACUGUGUUCAGCAAGCACAUGCAUCCUCUACUGUAAUGCACAUGUCAGGUUGUCUUGUGGGCUUUUUCUUUUUUUAAUCAGUGAACACUAAAAUGGGCUCUGCAGUAUUUUUAAACCAGCUUCAGGUUUUCUAUGUAUAAAUCUCUUAAGUGAAUAAUCCUAAGCUUUUGUGCACUGUUUCUCAUGUAGAACCUGCAGUGGAUUUUUUUCAGCUCUGUGCUUAAGUGAGAUUGCUAAAAUUCUCUGCCAUCUUUUAAUGCUACCAAAUGCUGAAUUUAUUAAAAGAAUUAAAAAAAAAAAAAAAGAAGUAUGUAACUUGUUUUAACAAAAGUUUUGCAUAAUAUUCCAGCCACGUGGGUGCACAUGCUUUUUCACUGGCCCCCCCAAAAAUGCAAGGGUUUCUGCUUUUGUAGGAAUAUUGAAAAAGUAAAAUCUAUGUUUAAUUAUAUAAGUAUAUUUUUGCAAAGCUUGUAAUUUGUUUUCAUUGUUGUACAAGCUCUAUACCAGACCUUUCUUGUUCUAAUAGCUGUUAACUUUACAUAGUGGAAACUUGGGCCAUAUCUAUACAGGCAGUCAAAGGAUCUCUCUCUCUCUCUCUCUCUCUCUCUCUCUCUCUCUAUCUCUCUCUCUAUCUCUAUCUCUAUCUCUCUAUCUAUCUAUCUCUCUCUCUCACAUAUCGGGGGGAUUUGAAUUCCUGCGUUAAGAAAAGCAUGGACAAAUGUGGAUUUAAGAGAAAUGUAUCUGACAAUCUAAUAUAAGCAUGGCAGUAGUUGUCUAAAGGUAGCCCAGUGUAUGGGUUUUGUGCUCAAUCUCAUGUUACAGAGAUGUUCCAUUAACUGCUGAGCCACAGAACUUUGUACUUGUAAUGGUAUAAUUUAGCAGUGGGUCUUUAUUCAGCAGUAUGUGGACCAUAGCUCCGUAACAUGGGAUUUAUGGGUAACCUUUACAUCCACUAUUAAGCUUUUAUAAUCUGUACUGGGUACAAUAAACUCUUUUCUGCUUCA